GAUGAGAUCGCUCGGAUGCUGAGUGAAGAGGCUCGCGCGAUCGUCCUGUCCUGACUCGGGUUGUAGCUUAAGUGCAUACCAGCAGUGAAAAACAUUCUUAACACGUCGAUCGGUGCUGGUGCCGAUAGCGCCCUUUCCAUACAGUGUUUAAGUAAAAGUUGCACGUGCACAAAGCACACAGUGUCACAGUAAAGCAAGUGUUCCACCAAGUCCAUUGGCCGUGCAAGGAAGGUGUGUGCGUGUGUGUUGCGAUAUGUGUAGCUCCAUGGUGAAACACAAACGAAUGGUUGGUUUUGCAGCUGAAGAAACGGAAUCGGGUGUAAAGUGUUGUGAUUGAAAAUGAUGUUAGUUUCCAGCGGGUAGCGGGUGCGUGCUUCAACAAUUUGUGCAAUCGUCCCCACAUUCCUUCCGCCCCCCACCCCGGGACUGACGACUACCCUCAUCACUUCAUUCCGCUUUCGAUUGGGCCAUUCGCUUUGGAUGUCGUGGGCAGGCCCCGCAGCAUCACCAACGAAACACGUCAAUCACCAACCAAUGCUUGGAACAGCUUCCAGCACAUUUGCUCAAAGUAAGAUCUUCUCAGCCGCAGCCAAACAGCUUGUCCAUUAACCAAUGAAAAGCAUAAUAUUUCCCCGUUGAAGCAAUACGUACAUGAAUGAUCGCUGAAGACUUUCCCUCUUCCUUUGCCAAAGCCCUCCAACAUCCAUGUUGGUGACUGUGUGUGUGCGUGAAGCCAAGAAGUCGUUCCUUGACAUGUAGCCCGAGUACGAGUGUGUGUGAGUGUGUGUGCGUGGGCCUGAAGAAAUGCUUUCGACGUGCCGCGUGUGUUGGUAUUGGUGAAGAAAAACCGUUUGUUUAUGUGAAAUUGUUGGAAUUCCUGAAUUCCGUCCGCCUGCCCCUGAAGAAAACGACGAAGAUCGCAUUCGCGUGCUGCUGGUGCUGCGUGUGAAAAAGUGUCAAGCGAGCAGCGACGAAACAAUAGGAACAGUGCAGCAUGACUUAAACCUCCGGCCCAAGUUAUAUUUGAGCUUUUGAUUGUUUUUGGGAUUUUUCGUACGUAUGUGCAUUCCCGGUUCUGUUUUCCCGUAAGUGAUGUGAUGUGGUUCUGUUGGAGCAGCGCUGGCCAGUGUUGGUAGAAUCAAGAAGGCUCGCGCAUAGUUCCCGUGGUGAAGAAUGCAGCAUCGAUCAUACGGUGCCUGCCCGUUCAGCGAUCGUUAAGAUAAUUACUUAUCGCGAAGCAAAUUAAGGUGCAAUUGAACCAAAUUUAGCCAUUCUUCGAACGGCUAAUGAUAGGGUGCUGGUUGUGCAACAAAAUGUCGAAGUAAUCGAUUGAUCUUGCGUUGAAUGUUUUUCGUGGAAAAUGAAUCAUCGUUUCGCAACGCAAUUUUUGUCACACGGAAGGAUGAGCCAACGUUCGUGCCAUUGCCCUGCCGGUACAGUGGAGCAACAUAGUUGUGCUUGUAAAUUAUAGUUAAUGGAGUGCACGCAUCGCUUACAGUACAAGCAAAUGGAAUCUUUAAUGGAAUAAGGAUACUCCCAUACUAAUGACCAGUGAAAAAAAAAAUCUGUUGAACCGAUAAAAUUAAUAAACGAAGAUACAAAAGCACGAGCGACAAGUAGGAUAGAAAGCAGGCGUCAACAAAACACAGAGUUUUAGAACAGUAUAUAUUAAAAAGCAACAUUCGAUGAAUCCAAUUCCGUCCUGUAACCAAACAGCAAAACACAAGAUCGAGGGUACAGAAGCCACGUAAUCCGUAAUCCAUCGAAUUGAUAUCGCUGAAGGUAGAGCGGGAGGACAGAGAGGCAAAACGGCAAAAGAUAAACCAUGACGGAAUUUCUGCCCCUCUGUGAUGUGCUGUUCAAUGUAAUCUCGCUGGCCGGUUACUUCUGCGACGUUGUGUUCGAUGUGGUGCUUGGCUAUGCGCUGUACGAACGACAAAAGUUCGCUUACUUCGCCGCGGUCAUUGUGAUCGUGUCGUUCUCGCUCGUCAUAUCACAGAUCGUGUCUAUUCGAUGGUAUUUAAAUAAGCGAAAAAUACGCAAUGCUACAGCAUCGACCACCGGUCCUCCUGGCUUACAGGACGCGGAAGCGGCAGCUAACGCCCCAGGCAGCACCAGCGGCAGUCUGGAAAAGAAGAAGAAAAAACCAAACAGUCUCACCACGGCCAACGGACCGGGCGCAGGCAUUGGCGCUCGAACCGACGAUACGGAUGAAAGGCCGACUAAUGGCGGUUCCCGCAGCUCCGAGUACAGCCGCUACAUCGUGCUUGCGCUACACUUUACGCAGCUCGGAGUGCUAUGGCGGUACGCGAAACUGUUCGUACCGGUCGAUUUGCGCCACGUCAAGCACGAGGUACGCGACCUCUGUAUGCUGCGGCUUGUGCACGCAUUCUGCGAAGCGGCACCAAUGCUACUGCUCCAGCUGUACGUGCUCGUAACACUGCAGAGCGAGGCGCAGCUGGCGGCAACACUGAAGUUGAAGACACUCGGCCACCAUCACCAUCUGCCGGCCAGUACGGCGUUAGUGCAGCAAACGAAUUUGGCCGAGCAGCAGCAGAAAACGUUUCGCGAUCUUAACAUGGUGUCGGCCACGCUGUCCCUGUUUAGCGUGUGCUGGGCACUUGCUAGCUUUAGCAAGAACGUUCGCCUCCAGAACGUGCACCGGCUCGUGCUGACAUGGUUGGGAGUAAUCUUUCAGUUCCUUUGGCGCUUGGGAACGGUGAUAUCGCGCGUCAUCUCGCUCACGGUGUACGCCUCCGUGUACAGCCACUGGGUGUUUCUGGUGAUAAUUCUGCACUGGUUCUCGAUGUUUCUGUGGCUGAUUUCACCGAAGAAUGUGUUUCAUGGUGAGCGUAUUUCGCGGCUUAAGAAGACAACCCUUGGUGGGCUGAUUGCGUUCGUGUACAUCUUUGCCUACAUAAAUCUGCAGGAAGUGAGACAUCGGCAGAAAAUGCUUACAUUCUACGUGGUCAUGUUUGCGGAGAACUGUCUUCUCGUCUGUCUGUGGAUGGUCGGUGUAUGGCCAAACCGGCCGGAGGGAUGGUAUCUGGUACCCGUGUCGGUUUUAUGUAGCUUUGCCGCUGGACUGUUCUUUAUGGUCGUUUACUACCGCUACUUUCACGUGCGCCGUCUCGGUUACGAAGCGGGAGGGCGCAUUUCCGAAAAGUGUUCCGGUCACUGUGGGACGGAUGGCUGCCGCUGUCUGACCGGACACGAGAACGGCAUCGAUGGGGUCGGCAUUAACGGUGGAGGUGGUUGUAAAGUGGGUGGCGGUAUUGGCGGCGGCCUAGGAGGAGGUGGAUUGCAUGGUGGUGGAGGUCAAAAGUAUCCCCAUGCCAUACCGGGUGUGUUCAACUGUCGCUUCUCGAACCCGGUGAAUGCGGCGACCAAGCGAAAAAAGAAGAAACCGACCACAUUUGUGCCACCGCCAAAUUUGGCAAUUGCUUCCCAAAACUCGGCAGGUGCUGGGGCUGCAGCAAACGAUCACCAGAAUGUGACCAGUCAGUUUUUACAACAUCAAGCCCACCAGCCACAGCAGCAACAUGCACAGCAGCAGCAACAGCAGCAGCUGCAACAACGGCAGCAACAGCAUCAUCAACAACAGCAACAACAGUAUCUACAGCAACAACCUUUGAUAUCACACCAAGAGCAGCAACAGCAAGCGCAACAACAAUUUCAGCAGCAGCAGCAGCAGCAACAACAACAGCAGCAACAGUAUAUGGGCCCAAUGGCGAUACCGUUCUGGAGGCGGCCACUACCGCGAUCGCACACGGGUGGAUCGAGUGAGAAUGAAGGCAGCAGUGUUGGAUCGCGGGUCAAUAUCCAGCAGAAGCUGCAGGAAAAGAAACAGAAGCAGCUGGCCGAGCUGAAGAUCAUCGAGGAGGAGAUCAAGCAGGGCAAGCUGGGCGGUCCCGGCGGUACCGGUACGCUCAGCUCAGGAGACGAUGGCAAAACAACGCUACCGAGGCAACCGAUCCCGCGGGCUAAGAAACACAUCGAUCUCGAUCCGAUCGAGUGGCGCACAUCGAGCCCUGAUAUGGCUGAAAUCGUUGCGAACAAAUCGUUUAACGAUCUAAACCUGCUGCUGGCGGCCAAUUUGGAUGACGUGAACAGUUUGAACAAGUUUAACAGCAAUUACGAUCCGAUCUAUAACAGCUUCGGCCUGAACGGUAUCAACAUAUCGGCGUUGGUUAAUCUGAAAGGUGUCGCUGGUGGAACGGGCAGCUUGGUGGAUACCGGCGGUCAAUCAGCGUCCGUACCGGUGGUGGGCCCAGUGGUAGGUCCGGGCAAUCGCAACAUGUCACCAAUAUCGUCCCAAAUAUCAGCCACCGAAAGCAAUUCGCUUACGCGCCAGGUAAUGCCCCGGUCGAAGAUUUUGCCCAACAACAUACCGCGCAAUCCGUUCGCCGAGAACUAUCGGGGUAAUUUUGUGAAUUUGUAUGCAGACGCCGCUGCCAGUACGCCAACCGGACUGAUAAACGGUGCUGCGAACGGUAACGGCAAUGGAGGUGGGUCAGGUGUACGGGCACCGUCUAUCAGUCCUCGCACGACUGAGAUUGCACAAUCGAAUCGGGCAAUCUUGUACGAUGCGCACGGGCGGCUGUAUACCGAUGCGAACCACCCAAGGCAAGUGUCUGGAACGUACAGCAGCACCGAGAAUGCAGGUGCCGAGAAUCUUCCCUUCCCGUACAAUGUAGUGCCACCGCCACGCAGCAAGCUGGACAGCCGGGGCACCCCAACCACUCCGGUGCAGUCCGGAUCGGCCAGCGGGAGUGCGAACAACACGAACAGUAGCAAUAAGUCAGGACGUACGGCGACGACGGCAACGAUGGCAGCUAUUGUGGCGAGCGUUGGUGGGGCGGGAGCAUCUUCAAGCGGUGCCGUUGGUGCUGGUGGUGGAGCGGCCGGUGUGAUCAAUAAUCUUAACAAUACCAAGCGCCAGAAUAUGCAACGUGCCAAAACGCCGGAAAUACUGCUCGCACCGCACUAUCUGGAGAAUUCACGGAUUUACUUCGACUGGGUGGCACGAGAGGCAUCCAAUUUUAGAUUACAAGAAUCGGAACGUGAUCAACCGAUGGAGAGCAGUGGGGAUGAGAAUUUGGACAAUUCUGGAUGUGACGAUGGGCAUAAUGGACAUCAUCGGAUACCUUCGGACAUCGAUAGUCAGGUCUCAUUACCCCGCUCGUACACGUUGCCUCGCGAGUUCAAGUACUAUCGACGAAACAAGGGUCGGAAGGUGAAAAACGAGCAUUUUAUCGCCAGCACGAACAGCAGCGAUGGAGACGUAGACAGUGGAGAUGAUAACGAAUCGGAGCGACUAUCGAACCUGUCGUCCAGCUCGCAACGACGGGUGAAGAACGCUACACCGUGCACGAACCUUACCAACGGACACCAUGCACCUGCGCUGCAGCAACAGCAGCAUCCUCAGCAGCCACUUCCCCGCCAAAGGAUGAACAAUCUGAACAAAGGCGUCGCUCAAAAUCAGCCCUCGAUCAGUGCUUCGAUGGCACUGAUGUAUGCGGGUGGUUCGAGAGGUCAAUCUCCCAGCGGCACCAUGCUGCAUGCAAAUGGGCAAGCGAUACCACCGGUUAACACCUGCCGGCAAACUCUGAAUGCAACGCCGCAAAACCUGCACCAACCACCACUGCCACAGCAUGCUGCUGUCGCACUAUCGAACGGUUACAACUUAACAGGCGGUGGCGACCGAAGCAGUCCGGCCAUGCCAGCUCUGCUUUCAGGCAAUGACGGGAGUCCGGUAGGAUUGCCCGGCAAACCAGGAGCCGUACAUAGUUUCGAUCUAAUUAGUGGUGUGGAAGCAGUAGGAGCUGCACUGCCACCGUACCAUGCUGGCGGAGCAGCAGGAGGAGGAGGAGGAGCGGGCAAUGGUGGAGGCGUGGCACGACCAACCCGUUUCCGGAUGUACGGCACCAAGAAUGGGAUGGUGCGACACGAAACCAAAUCCCUUUCCGCAUCCGGGCACGGUUCGUUACCGUGGUACCGUGGCGGUGAAGUACGGUCGAGGCAGUUCCAUUCCGUCCUACGCAGUUGGAGAGCGACGCAGCAGCGAGGGCAAAGCUGCGAAUCAUCAUUACCAUCAGCGCAACACACACUAGCUCCUCUGUCCGGCCGAGAAAUGGCGGAGAAAGCAGCAGUCACAGCAGCCGUUCCGGUAUCGCUAUCGCCAGCGGUGGCCGUCCCUGCACCAACGACAGAAGCAGCACCAGCAGUGGCAGCACCAGCAUCACCAGCAGUUGCAGCAGUGGCAACUACGCCGCCAGCUCAACAGAAGCUAUCGGAAUCGGACGAUUUUACGGAUAACUCGGCAGAAAACACAAAAGAGGCAAACCAGGAGGACACGUCGCAGCAAAGCGGGCUGGCGACGGUCGAGUCCGAGUACGACACGGCCUCAGAUUCACCGUCGGACGGUGGAGAGGAGGAAGACGAGGAGGAAGAUUAUGAAGACGAGGAAAGUGGAGGUGAGGAGGAGGAGGAAGACGAUGAGGAUGACGAUGGUUCGGAUGGUACGGACGACGAUGGCACGGAGGAGGAAGAAGACGAAGACGAUGUGAUCGAGGUGUUGGAGCGCCAGAGCGGUGACGGCCAGGAACAGGAUUCGGAGAGCCGUCGAAAGGUGGACGACGAUGAAGAUCGCAGCAACCCGCAGUACAUCCCGAAGAAGGGCACGUUUUACGAGCAUGACGAUCGUACGGCCGAAGACGACCUGGACGAUUCGGGGUUGGAUGGGGACGAGCAGCGCUCGAAGCGCAAUGACGACGGGCUUGGCGAUGGGAUGGGUGAUUCGCAUGGUGGUGGCGGCGGUGGCCCCGGUAGUGGUGGAGGUGGCGGAGGCGGUGGACUCGGCGCUCCCGGGAUGUAUGGUGGUGAGCGUCGCGGCUCGGAGAAGGGUGGAAGUGGACCGGGUGCAAAAGGCACGAAGAAAUGGCAGGCGUCAACCGAUCGAUGGACACACGAUCGGUUUGACGAGAGUGAGCAAGCGCCCAAAUCGCAGGCGGAACUCGUUUUCGCGUACGGGUACGAUAUACGAAGUGAGGACGGUCCACCGAAGGCGCGCAGGAAGCGUCGUUAUGCGCGCGGGCCGAACCGAUACACGCGCAACUGGGAGGACGAGGAUGCGUACCAGAAGUCGUCGAACGCGGAACAUCACCAGCGCCAUAAGAAGGUUCCACGACCGGAAGAGUUUCCCGAGCUGGGUGGUGCGAAUGGGAAGAGUGGACGGGCAACGGGCCGGGGACGCAAUGGGCAGAAGAGUGGCAGCUCGGUAGCGGGUGGGCCGGACCAGCGAAGGCAGUCUGGAGCAACGGAUGGCGGUCGAACUAGAUCGUCGGAUGUGCGUCGAUCGGGCGGUCAAGAUCGAUCCAUGGGUCGAUCGGAGAGAGUGCGGUCGGGUGAUUGGGGCAGUGCGGCGGGUGGAGAUCGUGAGAGAGAUUCGGAUCGGGGUGCAGAUUGGGAUCGGUCGGAGUACGGUGGUAGUGGUGGUGGUUCGCUUCGGUAUCGCAAUGAAGAUCGCGGAUCACGUAACAACUAUCACAAUAAGGAGAACAAGCUGAGCGGCGCGAGGAACAGUAAGGAGAAGGAUUACAAGGUGAUCAACUCGUUACAGUUCAAAAAUCAAGCCAGGAACAAAAACAUGGAGGGUGGCCCAGGUGGUAAUGGUGGUGCGUCCGUUGCCGGACCAAUGCCUGGUUCGGGCGCGAGUUCAGGACUACCCGACGGUAAUCCUGGUGCAGCUCCCAUGAUGCACAGUAACAGUGCCGGUGCACUUUCGGGCAGCAGUAAUAGCAACAAGAUGAACAAUCAUGGCACGGUGCAGCAGCAGCACAACAGUUCCAACAGUCCCAAUGCCGGUGGUGUGGCGAACGAUCGUAUUCAUCAUGUGGAACAGAACCAGCAGCAGGGUAGAAUGAUGAAUGUAGUAACCACUUCGGCUUCGCUUGGGUCUGUUCCUUCGUCCGGUGCACAGCAACACUACGGACACCAUGCGUCAUCCAUGGGACAGAUGCAGCAGCAACAGCAUUCGAACCAGCAGCAAAUGCAACAACCACAACCGCAACAACCAACGCAAAAGCUGAAACAAGGCUACCUGGAGGAAGAUCAUUCAAAGUACGCAGUUCCUUUGUAUGCCGGAUCGUCCGCAAUGGAUCGAAUGCCGCCGAAUGUGGCAUCCGGAGCGGGCGCACCAGCUGUUGGCAAUCUUCCGAUGAAUCAGCGAUCUCAAAUCUCACCACGAGCAAUCGUAGCGCAAACCCCUCCAUCGGCGCCGUCAGAGCAAGUGUCUUCAGAUCGUAUGGCUGUGCAAAUGGAGUACCAGUCAAUACAGGGAGCUGGCGUGCCUCAGGGUUACGGUGGUCAGCAACGUUCGCUAGCGGUUCAACAGCAGCAGCAGCAACAGGUGUCAAAUCAAAUGCAACAUCAGCAGCAACAACCGAUGCUGCAAACGGAGGUACCUCGCAACACGAAACGCUACUCGACUCAGCGACAACGGUCUGCUAUGGAAAGUGCUGCCAAUGCUAGCGCGUUGCAAGCUCAGCAACAACAGCAGCAACAGCAAGCGGCAGCUGCAGCAGCAGCUGCUGCAGCCUCCAUGCAUGAACAGCAGCAGAUGCUGCAGCAUCAGCAAUUGUUGCGACAUCAGCACGAACAGCUGGCGCAACAGAGCAAACAGAAGCAGGUCUACUCCCAACAGCAGCUCCCCCCGUCAGGACCAACUCCCGGAGGACUCCCAAUGACACUGCAAGCCGCCGAUUAUCAUGGAGCCGUCAACAAAGCUCCUCCCCCGGCUCAGGGCGCACCGGGAGGGCAAAAUCCAGCGCAGGUGCAGUACCAUCAGCCGACCGCUAUCUACUACACGUCGGCCGGUGGUGCCGGUGGACCACCUCCGGGUGAGUACGUAACGGCAGCUGCACCCGGUGGUCAGCCGCAGCAACAACCACCGCAACCACCCACUCAGGCACCGCCACCUCCCCAAGCACAGUACGCACCUCCACCCUACGCCACGCAGGGACCUCCACCGCAACCGCCACAAGCAGCCUCCUACCUGCAGGGCCCAGUGUCGGCCCCCAGUGCCUACCUGCCAGCGCCCCAGCCUGCCAGUGUUCCUACCGUUCCACAGCCACCGUCCGGUGUGCCUGGCGGGGCGCCCCCACCUCCGAUGAACUUUGUGCCCGCCCUAGGCCCACCUCCAACGGCCCCUGCACCGGGCGUCAGUCCGGGACAAUAUUCGGGACCGGGCGCGUAUACUACCGGGUUUCAGACCGGGUACGCACCAGCCAUCGGUGUUGUGCCGCAAGCCGUGCCGGGUGGUCCACCACCACCACCGGUCGUUGCCGGGCCACCGACCGGCGGACCCGGCGGUCCACCCCCGACGGCUCUGUAUCAAUCGUCCGGUGGCAUCACGUACUACGCACCCCAGACGCAAACGCAGGCACCAAGGCCACUGCCUACCGGGCGAAGACCAACAGCCGCUAUACCGAUUCUGGCACCUCCGGACCGGAAGCCUGCUGGUGGCAGCACUGCAGCAAGCGCCGGUGCAAACAAAACGUCCAGCAGCACACGCCCAGCUGCAGGCGAAUCGAACGAAGCAGCGGACGUUGGUACGGGUGUUGCGAGCAAUGCGGAAGCCUCCGGUGGUACCGGGACGACGGUCGAUAGUGGCGAAAACAUCGAUCACAUUCUGGACAACAUGUUUGUUCAGCGCCCCCAGUACCAGCCACCGUCGCGGAAGAGUCCGUCACCGGCACUGGCACCUACCGCUACCGGUCAGCAGCAACCACAACAACCUCAGCAGGGUUCGCUCCCGCCGGGUACUGAAACAGCUAACGGUGCCGCGGAGCUACGCAGCGACAGCGGUUCCACUGGAGCAACCGAUGGACAAGAAUCGAUGGAUAACAUUGGAGAAUCUGUCAAGAAAAUGUCCAUUCAAGACACCGAUAAACUGUCCCUUGCUUCCGGCAGCUUAACGGUGGAAGGUAAAGAAGCUGCGGCCGGUAUCAUCGAAACGAGCGCGCCCGCUCAGCCAGUUGAAUGACGAUACUAAAAACCAGCGCCAGCGCUGCGGACUGUAGCUGCUUUUAAUGCAUAAGUUUGUUGCUUGCCAGAGGCGCUAUAAUUUACAGGAUGAAAGAUAAGCACUGGAAGAGGGGGUUUGUAUGUGUUUGCAUGUGGGAAUACUGCAGCAAGCAUUGUACUUCCUUUUUGUUUGGAGUAAUGCUUGCUGAAGCUAGGUUCGAGCUUGCAAACAUUGUACUAUUAUUUUUGAAUAUUGAACAGUUUCAUGUAUUGUGUUUCAGCUGAAUUUAGCCCCUGUUAAAUUGCUGAAACAAAACUCUUAUCAUAUCAUGAACAUUUGGAGAUCUUAUUUGCAACAAUGGCAUGGUGUAGUUGAACCAGCCUUGCCAACGGAAUGGCACGGAAUUUGCCCACUAGAGUUUAUUGUGCGAUGCUGCAUUCGCGUAAACAUAUUUAUCUUCCAGCCCUUCGCGUCCAUUUUAUUAGAGGCGUAUUAAAGAUUGUAAAAAAAUGCAAUUGGAACGUUGAAAAAAUUGAAUUGGAAAGCAGGUGGAAUAACACGAGCUACAUUAAGAUAAGCAAUUGUGUAUAGAGAACUACAGAAAGGUUGGCAACUACCAAACAGUCACCUACUAAACAGCAACAGGAUGCUAGACAAAGGAACAGCAAAGGAAAACUCGGGAAAAUCGUAAUCAAUACACCACUCUCUAUUUUCCUGUAUUUUUUUUUUGCUGGAGAAUCCUCUUCAUACAAGCAAUACGAUUUCAUCAUGCCAAGGAGCUAAGCAUAGCAUAGGAUUGCUACGGUGGUGGCGUGGCACAGAAUGUUUCAAAUGAUUGUAUUUAUAAAACUACGCAAUCGUGCGGAACCACGAUUUCGGCAUGUAAGUGUGAGUGUGUAUGUAGUGGCAGCGAAGCGAAAGCCCCAAGAGUUCGAAGUAAAAGCAGGAAAACAUAUAAAGUCAUUAUUUAGGAAUGGAAAUAAAGCGAAAACAACACCGAAAUUAAUCGAUCAAAAUAAGCAAUACGCGAACAACGAA